UGCAAGAUCACAACACGUUAGUCUCUCGCUCUGAACCCUGAUAAUGACUCAAACGAAAAUUUAUUUUACAUUGAGACAGUGCUAUUAAUUGAUCAUAUUUGACGAAAUUAAAUUAGUUUUUACUAUCCAAAUUGCAUUAAACAGUGUGUAUAAACUCGAACCAUGAAAGCAAAACUUUGCUUUCCACUAAUUUUUGUAACAUUGCUGAGCAAUAAUCCCCAAUGUCAUGCAGAAGAAAAUACAAACAACAUAACACAAACCAGCAGUAGUAAAUUUGCAUGGGAACUAUUUCAAAACUCAAAAGUCAGUACCAAAGAUACAGAUAAUCUCGUCAUAAGUCCAUUAACAGUACAACAUUUAAUAUCUGUCUUACAAUAUGCUGCGGAAGGAACUACAAAAGAACAAAUCACACAAGUUACUAAUAACAUUAGUCCUGCUACACUUUAUUACAUGCUUCAUCCUGUGGGCGCAUCUCGUGAAGUAAAAUCAGCCAAUGGAAUUUUUAUUGACUCUAACGAUAGGGUUAGCGAAAAUGCUUCACUUUAUAUAACUGCAAAUGGUGGUGAUAUUUUCAUGUUGCCUCUUCAAAAGAAUCCAGAUAAGGCCAAACAAUUUAUAAAUACUUGGGUUUCGAAUGGUACUGAAGGUCAUAUUCCUCAGCUUCUUGGAAGUGAAAACGACGUUUCAAAUCUUCGAGCAUUUUUAGCCUCAGCAAUAUUUUUUCAUAGUACCUGGAAACAUCAGUUUAGAUCUUCCAAGCCAAGGAAAUUCUAUACUAUGUUCAACGAAGAACUUCUUACCGAUUAUAUGGAGGUGAAUUCCUAUUUUAAAAUGAAGAAUGUGGACUUGGGUGAAAAUAAUUGGGCUACUGUGAUAAAUUUACCCUACAAAGAAAAUCGUUUUUCAAUGUUUUUAAUUAUUCCUGAUCCUUUUACAAAUUUAAUUACGUUUCUGGAAAAAAUGAACUAUCGAAAAUUUUCCGAAAUAAUAAAAAAUCCUUCAAAGCUGCCCACGACAAAGCUCAAUUUGUUUAUGCCAAAAUUCAAAAUUUCGUCAAAGAUUUCUUUGGUACCUGCACUUCAAAAGAUGGGAUUAGUUGAUAUAUUCACCUCACAGUCACGUUUAACAAAACUUAUUGAUGGAAAUCAAGCCUUACGAAUAAGUGAAGUUUUACAACAAUCAACGUUGGAAGUUGAUCAAUUUGGUACCACUGCUACAUCUGUAACAACAGUUUCUGUUGUCCCAUUGAGUGCAGCCGAACCGGAUCCUCAAGUCUUUGUGUUAGACACACCAUUUUUAGCUGUAAUUGUAGAAAAUGCAAAUGAGACGCCGUUAUUUAUUGCAAGGAUUACAAAUCCAGACAGAGGGGCAUGAUUGAUUAUUUAAAAGGUGUUCAAAUUUUAUGAAAAAAAAUGAAAUUAAAUUAAAUAAAUAAUACAAAUUAAUGGUACAAAAUUUUA